CGUCUGCCCCUUCUCCAUUUCGCCACCGCAACACUUCCCUACUCCCCCGAAUCUCCCACUGCAUCGGAGGGCUCCGCCACGCCAAUGGCGUCCCCGCCGCCGCCAGAGGCCGCACCGGCUGAGGCGGGGCUCGAGAGUAUGGAGGGCCUCGUCCUGGACACGGUCAUCUCAAGGGCCGGCGCGCGCCCCGCAGCGGCGCUCGCCUGCGCCAGCACGCGCCUCCGCACCGCCGUCGCCGACGACUCCCUCUGGCGCAGAUUCUGCGCUGAGGACCUGGGGCUCGACGCGCCCGUCGAUCCGGAGGGUCAGCCUCUCCCCUCGUUCCAGGUUGCAUAUAAGGUUUGGUUGGAGUCUUUUGGCAUGUACCCUCUACCUAUGGUAAAGAGAGUGAAACAAUUUUGGACUUCAAUGAAAACUUGGUUGUCUGAAAACUUUCCCGAGGCAUACAAAACGUUGUGCAAAGGUGUUUCUGAAGCUCAAUUAAAGUCGGCAGAGGAUGAUCUUGGUUUCAAGCUCCCUAUGCCCACAAAGCUGUUGUAUCGCUUUUGCAAUGCUCAACUGCCUUUUAGUGAAGACCAUGAUGCAAACAAAAGCAUUUCCACUCAUGGAUUGAUUGGGGGCUAUGCAUUUUAUGAUCAUUGGGUGAAUGUGCAUUUGUCACCUCUUGAGCAAAUAGUUGAAGAGACAAAGGACUUCUAUCGGGAGUUCCCUGAUGUCUUUAAUGGGCGCAACUUCAUUGUAGUGGCGACUUCAUGGUUUCGUCCGAAAACGUUUCUUCUAGAUUGCUCAAAUGGUGAACUUUAUGUUGGUACAUACAACUUACCUAUAGGAGGAAUGCUUCCCUGUGUCCCUAAAGCAUUGAUAAAGCCAGCAGAGAAUGAUCUAGCCCAAGAUGGACUACUUCUGUGGUUAGAAGAGCAUCUUAGGCGUUUACAGAAUGGCAUGAUCAAGACCCGUAUGCUGAUGACAUCGAGAUAUAUCAGCUUAUAUCCAGAAGCACCUCCAUCAUGCAGUUCAGCUGUUACAAAUGGCAUUAAGGUACGCUCGUCUGCUGUCUUUGUGCCAGAACAUCCUGGGGGGCCUGGGGAAAAAUUUAUGUUCACUUACUCGAUUCGCAUGUCAGUUCCAGAGGCAUGCAUGCUAGGUGGUGUGUACUAUUCUUGCUGCCAGCUUUCCUCCCGCCACUGGACCAUCAGAUCGUGUGACAGGGUUGUUUCUGAUGUGAGCGGAGGAGGUGUUAUUGGACAGUAUCCUGUACUGUUACCUGGUGAGGAUGAGUUUGUCUACGAGAGUUGCACGCCACUGCCCAAAGUACCUGGAUCUGUGGAGGGUUCUUUCUCGUUUGUGCCUGGCAAGUUGAUCCGACCUGAAGGGAAGCCUUUCGAAGUCAUGGUGGCGCCAUUCCCUCUUGAGGUGCCAGAAUACAUCUUCUGAUGAUCACAGCAAGAACUAAAUGUAUGCUUGCUAGUUGCAUCGCCGUGGUACUGCUUGUUGGGGAAAAGUUUGGAUGGUAAGCAUGAUCUUGUUGGAGUAAUGUAAAAUAAGAAACCGUGUGCUCUUACUUCAUGUAGCAAUCAAUCAACACAGCCACCAGCAAAUGUGCCGCAUAUCAGUUGCACCUGUGCUGGGCUAGUGUGCUGGACCAGACUGCUGUGGAGAUAUCAACUAGCAGGCUUAGGCUCCGAUCCAACAUGAUAUCCCACGGCGAGGGCGAGGGCGAGGGCGUCUCGUGUUGCACAAACCUCCCCUUUCCUCCAUGGCUCAGUUAGUAGUAGCUUAAGGACAACAGGAACAUGUCGACAUAGAGCGCUUGUGCUUUAUGUGCAGCGGAGGACUCGUGGAAGCAUUCUCUUAUUGUUGCAAUAUGGCUCAGUGUGUUUGGGCACUUGAGCGAGAAGAGCUUGUGGACCUUAUAUGCGAGAUCUCAGGCUAAAAGUUGGUUGGCAGAGAUGUUUCUGAGGUUAUAGCCGGACAAGACAAGAGCAGUUGUUAUUAUGUGGGCAAUAUAUGACACGCAAGGAAAAAACGAUUCACGAAGAUUUGUUUCAA